UGCCAAUUCCUCAUCAUACAAAUAAUCAACAAACACAUUCAACAAGCCAAAGCACUCUCGCUUUUACUUAUCUUCUGAAUAAUCACUAUGUCGAUAAUUCCAAGUGUGUUCGGUACAGGACGAAGAACCAACGUAUUCGAUCCUUUUUCUCUAGACUUGUGGGACCCAUUCCAGAAUUUCCAGCUGGCCAGACCCGCCACCGGAACCACCAACGAGACGGCGGCUUUCGCCAACGCACACAUUGACUGGAAGGAAACACCGGAGGCUCACGUGUUCAAGGCUGAUCUUCCGGGAGUGAAGAAGGAAGAAGUGAAGGUUGAAAUAGAAGAAGAUCGUGUGCUCAAGAUAAGCGGAGAGAGGAAAAUUGAAAAGGAAGACAAGAACGAUACUUGGCAUCGUGUUGAACGUAGUCAGGGGAGUUUCCUCCGCCGUUUCAGGUUGCCGGAAAAUGCGAAGGUGGAUCAUGUGAAGGCUGCUAUGGAGAAUGGUGUGCUUACUGUUACUGUUCCUAAAGAGGAAGUUAAGAAGCCGGAAGCUAAGCCUAUUCAGAUUACAGGUUGAACCAUUGUUCUUACUAUAUUUUGAUGUUUGUGUGUCUAAUAAAAUGUUAAAAUAAAACAAAUAAUAAUUGUAUCAGUAUGUAGUGGAGUUCCAGUUUUAGGAGAUUGAGAGACAUGUAUGGACUUGGCUAUUACAAUUGUGUAGUAGUUUGUGAGUGUUAUGUUCCCUUAUGUUUAGUGUGUAUACAAAGAGCUUUUUUUAGUAUGUCAAAGUUUCUUUUGAUUAA